GAUAAUUGAAAGAUCAUCAAAUCAAUAAUCUCUCAAAUAAAAGUAAAAGGAGAGAGAAAAUUGGUGGAAAAAUGGCAUCGAUGAAAUUAGAGGUGUGUUUGGUAGUGGUAUUAUUAGCAACAAUUAGUGGAAUUAAAGCAGAAGUUGAGAAAGAGGAAUAUGUAAUUACACUUGAUCAUUCUAACUUCACUAAUGAAGUAUCCAAACACGACUUUAUCCUUGUUGAGUUUUAUGCUCCUUGGUGUGGAUAUUGCAAAAAACUAGCUCCAGAGUAUGAGAAGGCUGCUGCUACACUAAGCAAGCAUGACCCUCCAAUCACCCUUGCCAAAGUUGAUCUUAAUGAUGAAACUAAUAAGGAGCAUUUUAGGUCCCAAAUCAAAAUCAGAGGGUUUCCCACGCUUAAAAUCCUAAGAAACGGUGGCAAAAUCGUACAUGAUUAUAAGAAUCAACCUCAAGUGGCUGAUGAUAUAGUUAACUAUGUGAAGAAACAACUUGGCCCUGCCUCUACUGAAAUCAAAUCCGUCGAUGAUGCUGCUAAGAUCAUCAGCAUCAUUGAUGAGGAGAAAGUUUUCAUUGCAGGAGUGUUCCCAAAGUUUGAAGGGGAGGAAUAUGAAAACUUCAUCAAGUUAGCUGACAAAUUGCGGUCUGAUUAUGAGUUUGUUCAUACAUUGGAUGCUAAGGUCCUUCCAAGGGGUGAUUCGUCUGUCAAAGGACCGUUAGUCAGAUUGCUUAAGCCAUUCGACGAACUCUUUGCAGACACCAAAAAUUUCGAUUUGGAUGCCUUAGAGAAGUUCAUCCAAGAAGAAGAUGUGCCUUCGGUUAUUCCAUUCACUAUGGAUCCCGGUAACACCUACCUUCGUAAGGUCUUCUCAGGUCAAAACACCAAGAUCAUUAUAAUUUUGGACUUGAAGAGUGAGAAUGCUGCUGCAUUGAAAUCCCGGUUUAAUGAUAUUGCUGUCCUACUUAAAGGGGACAACAAAUACUUCCUACUUGGUGAUCUUGAAGCAAGCAAAGAUCUACUCAAGCACUACAAGCUCGACGAGUCUCUAGCUCCUCUCAUCUUUAUUCACAAAACCGAAGCUGAGAAAUAUCUUAAGACAAAUGUGGAACCAGAUCAACUUGCUCCUUGGUUCAAGAAAUUCUUGGAUGGAAAGUUAGAGCCAUUUUUGAGAUCACAACCUAUUCCUGAAGAGAACAAUGAGCCUGUUAAAGUUGUGGUUCUUCACAGCUUACAGGACAUGGUUUUUAACUCUGGCAAAGAUGUUUUCCUUGAGUUCUAUGCACCUUGGUGUGGUCACUGUAAGAACCUUGCUCCGACUUUGGAUGAAAUUGCUGUAUCAUACGAAAAGGAUCCUAACAUCCUGAUUGCGAAAUUUGAUGCAAGUGCAAAUGAUGUCCCAAGUGACACAUUUAAGGUUGAAGGCUUCCCAACCAUGUUCUUCAUAACCAAAAAUAAAGAGAUAAUCGAGUACAGUGGCAGUAGGAAAAAGGAAGACAUUAUUGAAUUCAUUGAGAAGCACAGGAGUGAUGAGAAGAAGAGUGAGCCCGAGAUCAAGAACGAACCAGAGAAAGCAAGCAACAAUAUUGAUGAAACAGUUGAAACCAAAGAUGAAUUGUGAAACUCUUAUUAGUUCAAUUGUUUCAUAUAAGGAUAAUUUUAUCCCAUUUGUCUUGACCCUUUUUUCUUUACUUACCAAUAAAGAGGUGAUUAAAGCUCACCUAUUUUUUGCAUAAAAAAAAA